GUCCUCUCUCUUUGCAGCCAAGAAGGUUCCGUCCUCCAGGCGAUUGUUCAGAAACCCAGUGAGGGGCCCCAGAUCCCCAGGCGCCACACAAAACCAUGAGGAUAGGCUUCCGUGAGCCCCGACAAGGGGUGAGGAUGGCCACCCAGCCCAUUACCGGGGCCCCUCCUCCUACCACUGCAUCCUCCUAGCACCCAGAACAGCGGGGCCAUGCCAGGAGAGCGGCCCCCGACUUUGCCCAGAGACUUACAGCCCUGCCAAGUUGCCAGGAGCCUAGGGUGCCCCUCUCAGCACCCCCUCAAGGACCAUGGUUCUGCCAGCAGGACCACCCAGGGCAUGAGAGAUGAUGGCAACAAAGCCCAAGGUUCCCCUGAGGCCCAGCUGAGUCAGGCCAAAGAGGUGGAGCAAGAGGACCUGCUACUGAGGAGGCAGGCCCCAGCAGCACGGAGCUGUGCACAAGCAUACUCAUGGCUGCCCAGCCGGAUGGAGAACAUUCACCCACAGCUGCACAGCCUAAGCACUUCAAGGAUCAGGUGCGUCCUGGAUGAACCACCUAAGGACCUGCAGCCUGAAGGUCCCCAGGUGUCAGAGACCAAGGCCUCCCGGGGCCAAAAGACCAGAGCCCGCCGCAGGCCCAGUAUCCCAAGGGCUGAAGCCCUGCCCUCCCCAGAAGAGAAUGGCUCCCAAAGGUGCUUUCAGGAGGCCCCUUCCAGCUUUACCUCCACCAACUGUACCUCACCAAGUGCCACCCCUGGGCCUUUGCCCCGGCGGGCCCCCCAGAGCAGUGGCACCAGCCCCCAUAGGCCUGCUUCUGGCACUAACCUCCAGGCCAUUGGGACCAACCCCUGGCCUCCUGCUGCUGAAAACAGCUUCCCAGGUGCUAAUUUUGGGGUCCCCUCUGCAGAGCCCAAGCCCUUCCCUGAAGGCAGCAGGCCUAGCAGCCCUCAGGGGGUCUCUGUCCCCUACCCUUUCUCUGUGGAAACAGCCCGUGCAGCUGGGACAGUGUUGUUCACCUUCCAGCAGCCCCUGGUAGCAUGGUCUGAGGAGGCCCUGGGUACAAACCCUGCCUAUCCAUCCCUGCCCUGCAACCCAGGCCAAUCCAGGGGUACCAGCACUCCCAGUGAUAUUAGAGGUGCCCUCUCCCCACCCGGUGCUGCUCACUUGGUCCCAAGCCCCUUCCAUGAUAGUUUGCACAGAAACCUGACCAAAGGCCUUCCUGAAGGUUCCCCUCCCACUCAUGAUGGACUGGGGAGCCCCAGGGCCCCCCCAAAUCCUCCACCUCAGAGGCACUUUCCAGGGCAGGGGUAUGGAACUAAUGGGGUUGGCACCAGCCCAGCGCCUCUGGACACAGAGAUGCCCACCACCCCUGGGCCACCACCCACACAUCUGCCCCAGCUGUGGGAUUCCACGUCAGUCCCUUACCCAACAUCUACCCUGGGCCCUGCAGCUGCUGCCAGGACUUCCUUCUUCGAAGGCCAACAGCUCUGCCUCUCCCAGAGUCCUCCCUUGCCCUGGUCCCCGGUGCUUGCGACCCCUGGGCCAAAUUCCCACCAAAUGGGGGCACUGAACCGCCUGACAUUCCCCAGAGGGUCUUCUGAGUGGCAGGGGGACAGCCAGGGAGCCCUAGGUGCUUUGAACACAAUCCCCAGGCCUGGGGAGACACUGUCAGCUCUCAGGAGCAGCCCGGUUCAGCCAAGCAGUUCCCCAAGGCUGCUAGCCUAUGGUGGGAUGAAGGACCCUGGGACCCAGCCUCUGUUUUUUGGGGGAACCCAACCCCAGGUGUCUCCCCAGGGGGCCCUCAGCCUGCCCCCACCCAGGGUGGUGGGAGCCUCUCCCAGUGAGUCUCCUCUUCCCUCACCUGCAACCAACACAGCCAGCAGCAGCACCUGUUCGUCCCUGUCACCACCAUCCAGUAGCCCAGCCAAUCCCAGCUCUGAGGAUAGCCAGCAACCUGCACCCCUCAGGCCCUCAGCCUACUUCCUGCCCCCCACCCAAUCCCAGGAGACCAGCAGCCCCUUCCCUUCUCCAGAGCCCACACACGCCCUCGCCACAUGCUAUCAGUCAGAGUCUGCCAAAGCCUUCCCUGUCCCCACAGAGGGGCCAAGAGCGGAGGAUGCCUUCAAGGGCCUGGAGGGAGCCCCACUCCCCCACAAGAGCCCCUCAUUGGGCAGAGACAGAUUACAGGGCUUUCCUCCAGAGCCACCACCAUACUCUGCCCAGCACUUCUCCCUGAGCAGUGCCAGCCUGGACCAGCUAGAUGUACUGCUGACCUGCAGACAGUGUGACCGCAACUACAGCAGCCUCGCAGCCUUCCUGGAACACAGGCCACUCUGCAGCCUGCUGCUAGCCAAGACCAAGGAUGGCUCCCUGCAGCCUUCAGGGCUGCCCACACCCGCUACCACCUCAAAGGCGUCCACCGAUGCACACCUAGCCUUGCCUGAACAAAGCCAGGCUACCCCUUUCCUACUAACCAGAGAUGACCAGGGGGACAGCAAAGAUGACUCCCUGAGAACAAGCUUCCUGCCUGGUCUGGCUGUUACUCCCUUCCCACUCCCCAGCUCAGACCUUGACAUGGAAGAUGAUGUCAAGCUGGACAGGCUGAUCACUGAAGCACUCAACGGUAUGGAGUACCACUCAGACAACCCUGAGAUAGACAGCAGCUUCAUUGAUGUCUUUGCUGAUGAGGAGCCUUCAGGCUCCAAGGGACCCAGUUCUGGGCACCCCCUCAAUGCCCAAGUGGGACCAACUCCCAAGAAUGGUACCGACCCCCAUCUCCCAUCCAAAGCUGCUAUGCCAGAACCCCACACUCUCCGCGCUGGAGACAGGGCCUGCCCAGCCCGAAACAGGCCCAAAACCCGCUCCCUGGGCCUGGCAUCUGCAGAAGCUGAUGCAACCACCCUCGUCAGGCCUCAGAGGAGAGGAAAGCAAUUCAAGUUGUUCCGGAAAGAGCCAGGUGUGGGCAAGGUCACUGACAAUCCCACCAGAGCCGUCUGCCUAAGGCCAAGAAAAAAGAGCCACUGUGCUGAGCGACCCAGGCUCCAGGGUCAGAGAAGUCGGGCUCGCAAAGGCCAUGCGCACGCAGACCACGGCAUCCCCAGCAUCCCCAGAGCCACCUCUAAGGAGACCAGGAGCUCCAAGUACCUGCAACUGCCUGCUGGGAAGGACCCCAGGAAAAGGAGGGGGCGGGGCGGCUCCUGGAGCAAGGAGCUCAUCCACAAGAUAGUACAGCAGAAAAACGGGUGCCACAGGCGGCAGGCACCACGUAGCCAGGUCUCCCAUGGCCCACUGCUGCCUGCCAGACCACCCACCACCCAGGAGGGCAGGCUCGAGGGUCACAGCUGUGCCUCUGAAUCCGAGGAGGAGGAGGAGGAGGAGGAGGAGGAGGGUGGCGAGCAGCAGCAGGAUUUGGGGGCGCCUGCCCGAGGCUGUUCCCGCCACAGCCGCCAACGGUGGCGCCAGGGCAAGAAGAGGAAGAAAGAAGAUUUGCCCCAGAACCCAAGAAAGGUCAUGAGGCAGGAGGGUGGUGAGAACAAGGGUUCUCCUACUCCAAGAAGGAUGCACAGCCUAUUGCAGAACUUGGAUGUUAGCGAAGACCCAGACCCUGUGGAGAGAGGCCCUGAGCAUGCCGAUCACCCCACAGAAGCCCCGAAACACCCUCUAACCCAGGAGGAAAAGCGUGCAGUUCCAGGCUUCCCCCAGGAGGCCAAGGAGCCUAAAGUUGCUGCAGAGUUACACCCCGAUACCACAGAGCUCGGAGAGAGGUCCAGUUCCCCAGCCAGUUGUGGUGGAAAGAGCCCCAGACCCAACGUUCCAGUGCCAGCACAGGUCGGCAGCCCUAAGUCAUCAGUGAGCCACCCUGAAACACUACCGGGGAAGAGCGUGCCAGAGCCAGAUGCCGGCUGUCUGCAGGGUGCAUCUGGAUGCGUGAGAUCCCCCGGGAUGCAUACUAGUGAGAACUCCUCCGCUUGCCAGCCUGGAGGGGGCCUGGUACCCAUCGAUAAGAUGGCAGAUGCUUUCUACACCGAAUCCAGCAUCCCAGCUUUCAAGAACUCUAGCCCUGGCUAUGACUCUGACCACUGUGACAGGCGCUCUGUAGGGUGUUCAGCUGCCAAAAGGGGACCCCUGCCUAACAAUGACACCCUCUGUGAAUUGCUCCUUGGACCCAAGGACCUAGCCAACUGCUUCCCUGAAGACAUGUACGCCAAGCCCUUACCUGUGGACACACAGCCUGCCCGCAGCUGCUACCUUAGCCAGGACAGUAUGGAGACCCUUGAGUCUGCACCACCAAAGAAUCCACCCUACCCAGCUGAAACAGACCCAGGCAAGGUACAUUCGCCACUGACCCUGGAGUCCAUGUCUCUGUUCGCAGGGCUGCCUGAGGAUGGAUUCGACCCACCACUCUACGACAGUUUGUCUGCAGACAGGGUCACCCAUGUGCCGCUGGUGUGUACUGACCCUCUCCCCAAGAAACCUCUGGCAGAUCCUCUCUAUCCCCCAUUCUUGCUGCUGGAGGAAGUUUCUCCGGUGCUGCCUGGCCCCCUCCCUAGCCUCUCCAAGGGAAAAGCACUCAGCAAGAAGUGUCCCUUUGAACAGAUGGUGCUUCCCAGCCCCGCCCCUGCGCCUGAAAAGGGAAGCGAAUGCAGUGUUAUCCUUAUGAGCAAUCUGUGCGGGGAUGAACUGGAGAUCAAAAGAUUGGUAACUGAACUAGAAAGCCAACUGCAAGGGAAAGGGGGUGCACAGGGGCCCUUGGGAGAGCCCGAGGUAUCUGCACCUGAAGGCAAGAUGGACCCAAGCCCAAAGCAGGCCUCCCUGCUGCCCACACCUCAGCCCACCUCACUCCAGAGGGAGCCAGCAGCCAACUUUACAGGUCUUGAGGGAUCAAGUUCACGGCGGGAAGAGGCCCUGAGGAACCCCCAGAAACAGUGGUCCUACCCAGCCUCCUGCCACACAGAAAAAGCAGCACCUCCCCCAGACACCCAGGAAGACCUGGGUUCUGGGGCUCCGCUCAGCCCUGCAGGCUUCACACUCAGUUUUCAGGAGGCCAUCACCUCCAACACAGACAGUCAGGUCCCCCUAAGUGACCAUCUGCCUGCCUCCAACAAGCAACGGGCAUCCAUGCUCCAUGCUGAGAGCUUGGCCAAGAACGGCCCAGACCAUGAGCUUUUGUUUUCUAAAAGUAAUGACGCCUCUGGGACGCAGGAGAAUGCCCCACUGCUGCUCACUGGUAAACAUACAAGAGGACGUUCUCCAGAACCCUGCAAGGCCCAGGGGCCCUGCCCAAGUUCUGCUGCACCAGGAUUCAACAGCCCCAAUCCCCAGCUGGCCCUAGAACCCAACUUGAUGUUUACAGAUGAUGAGGACGUCACCUCGCCUCCAAGCGCCAGUCUCAGCCAUGACUCUAAGGGACACUUUGAAGACCCAGCAGGGAGUCCCACAGGAGCUGUGCUUACCAACCCUAUUGCAAAGGCUCCUGGCUUUAAGGGUGAGUCUGCAUCUGCAGGGGCCUCUCCACUGUGUACGCUCCAAAGUGGCAGGGCUUGGGUUCAUCCCAUGCCAGAGCCUCCCUGGGUGCCCAGUGUCCCCCUGGGACAGAGGCUCCAGGAACCAGCCUGCUGCCCCUUCCCUCUGCUCCAGGGCCUGGAACCUAGAGGCAAGAGUGAAAACCUUCGGCCUGCUAACCCCGCUGCAACAGAAGGGGCCAGUGGGAAGGAGGGCUCCUCGGGAGCUGUAAAAAUGCCAGCUCUUCCUGCAGGCAUCCGAAAGCAGCUGAGACCCAAGGCAAGAAGACAUCUGGGUUCACCAGGUCAACCUAAAAAGACCAAAGGCCAGAAUCAAGCCAACAGGCUUCGGACUAAUAGCUGGGGGAGCCUGGGGGACCCAGGCACACUCACCAAGGUCAGUGCCUGUUUGGAAGCUAGGCCGGCCAGGAGCAGAGGUCCAUGUCAGGGGAACAGAGCAGCCCAGGGGCUUAGGAAACAAGCGCUGCCCUCCACAAGCCCCUCCCAUCCUGAUGGCACAUCUUUGGUUUGCAUCCUGACAGCAUUCCCUCCCCAGAUGGGACCUGCAGAGAGAAGCCCAGAGGAGGCAGCCAGCCCACAGCUGUUUAGCCAGGAGAAUCCAGCUCCCCGCAACAGGAACCUGGCCAUUUCCCCAGCCACACAUACUCCACUUGAGUGUGAACUUGAGCAGGAAGACCCUGGUGGCAGAGCCAAGCCUACUGGGCCACUAGCACCUUCCUCUCACAGAGACCUACCCAGCCCCUACCAUCAGCCAGUCUGUCCUGUCUUGGUGCCUCUGGGAACGGCCAGUCAUAGCCAAGCCACCAAAGAUGCUGGGCCCCCACCAACCCCUACAUCAUUGAUGACAAGCAGCUGUGGCUCUGAAGAGACUUUAUCCCACUACUCUCUGCUGGGGACUAGCAGUCCCAGAGGCCCUCCCUUGGGCCUACUUGGCUCCAUCAGUUCUUCAGCCUCUGUAAUGCUUAAGAAGGACAGCCCCAAAGGCAUCACAGUAAGAACAUUAGAUGAUUCUGGAAAAGAGGAGCUGAGGACAUCUCCUGCCCAUGCCACUGCUCCUCCCCCAGGGGUUCCCAGCUCCCCAAAAAUGACUAUCAAAGCUGCUCCUCUGACCAGCACUCCCCCCAAAGAUGACCUAGAUUCAGGUGAGACACUUGACGUGUCAGACCUGCACUGCAUGGGAGUCCCGUCCCUCAACAGCUCAGAAAGGAUGUACUCCUCAGACCCUUCUUUAGGGCCCCAGGGCAGAACACCCUGCUCUAGCCACAGGGAAGAAGACCACAGCACUGGAGCUGUGCCCAUAGAACUUGCCACACUGGGGACUACAGGACCAGAUUCCCAAAUCCACCAAGAAGAUGAGGCAGGAGCCGGCAGCGAGCAACAGGACAACCCAGGAACACCUGGGACAAGACACUGCGAUGUGACAAAGGUACCCAGAGCCGGUGCCCAAGGUGUGCCCAUGGGCCUCCACUUGGCUCUAGCAACUUCUGUGAGGUGCACAUCCAGUGAUUUCAGGCCUGACGCUCCUCAAUGCCAUAUCAGUAUCUCUCAUCGCCCUCCCCAAAGGGGCCCCUUCAGUCCCCAAGACCAUAAACGGAGGAGGCCUCGUGGCUUGAAAAGAAAGCCCGAGGCCACAGAGAAGACCCCAGCUGGGCUACCCAUGACCUGCGAGCUCUGCUCAGCCUCCUUCCGCUCCAGAGCAGGCCUAAGCCGGCACAAAGCCAGGAAGCACCGGCCACAGAGGGAGCCUGGAUCCCUGCUGGGCCCCAUGAUCCUGCCAGCUUGCCAGCCUCCAGAUCCCAUGACCCAAGCAUGCCAGACUCCUGGGAAGAAGAGCCACAAAGUGUCUUGGAAAGAAAGACUAAAUGACUCAGCCCUGGGCCCCGGCCACUCUUCUGGACCACCUCCCCUCCAGGCCUCGACAACACCUAGAGACACCAUGGGUUCUGAUCCUGAGCUAUUGAAAAGGACCAGUGAGAAAUCUGAGGGAGCUGGGACACCAGGCACUCCCCUCAACCAGCAACCACCUGCCCCAUGCCUGAUUGAGCAAGGAAAGAGUGCAAAGGUUCCAGCCUCAAAGCCCAGGAGACCAGACCAGCUCCAGCCCAAACAGGCAGAGAUGAGGGACCAGAGGCAAGGUGGAGAGCCUGCUAAUUCCCCCAGCCGCCCAGAGAGGAAAUCAAACGGGAAAGGGGGGGUGAGAGUGAGGAGGAAGAAACAUAGUUCUGGAGACACUACUCACGUGACUUCAGACAAGCAGCGCUCAGAUCCAUCAUCCGCAGAUGGCCAUCAUCUCAUCCCUCCAAGCCUCUCACCUGAGAGAGGAUGCGGGGCAGCUGACAGGUCACCACCUCCUCCCCUGACAGUAGCACCCAGAGCACUGGAGGUGGCUGAUGACAUGAGCCCAGGGGCCCUGUGUACAGAGGAGUUGCCAGCACAGAAGGUCCCCCAAGAGUGGCGAGACUGUCAACAGAUGAUACAGCAGGAACAUCCAGUGGAGCGGAAGGCAGCCUGGACACAGUGGCUAUGGGGACCAGGAGAGACCGGGGCACUGGACAUUGGUGGAGAACCAUCACGGGCUGUGGAGAGCCAUCCUGUGGGGGACAACAGAGGAGCCACAGGCAGCUCAGAUGGAGGUACUGGGAAAGGGACAUCUGACUUACCUGACAGCACACACAGUCCUGAAGUGGACAGCACCAUCAGCAGCUCCCCUCAGGGUCCUACCAGUGACCCGGAAGCCCAGAGCGGAGUCCAGGGGUCCAAGGGCACCUCUCCCGAAACCCCCAGCCCAGGUCAAAGGGAACCUCCAGACUUGUUUGACGAUGAGGUAUCCUUCUCUCAGCUUUUCCCCCUGGACGGCCGCCUCACUCAGAAGAACCUACGAGUCUAUGGGAAGCGCUGUAAAAGACCAAAGAGUCCACCACCAAAGGAGCCCGGCCCCGAGGUGGUAAAUAGCGCCUUGCUGUGCUCCACACGCCUGCCCACAGACCUCAGCGACUCGGGCUCUCUCUGCCUGUCCCGCGAGGAAGAAGACCUGUGGGAUGACGAGCCCGAGUCCCUCCUCCUAGACGGGCUCCUGAGCAGUAAGCCACCUGGCCUUGAACCCUGGACCCCCAGCCUCAGCCUGUGGGCCCUGGAACCCAACAGGGAGGUCAGCUCCAUGGAGGAGGAGCCCUCCUGCCUCACCACCGAAAACCAAGAUGAGUGGUCAGAGGCCAUCCCUCAGCUGCACAUGGUCCCAGAAGCCUGGCGAGACCUGGCGCUGUGUAGCCCUGCCUGUGAAACAGCCUCUUCCCUUGGAGACAGGAGCCCAGAGCCCCCCAACCUGGAAAGAGAAGAUGAUGACAGGCUCCCCGGGAAUGACAGCCCACCCUCACUUUACAUGAAAGACUUUGAGGUUCUCAGCAGCCAGCUGGAAAUACAAGACCUGUGCUUUCUGGGACCCUGUGAUGACCUCGCCGACCUCCCCAGCCCAGGGGUCCUAGACUUCCCAGCCAUGGCAAAUUCACAGAGGCCUCCAAACAAAAGAAUGGCCAAGCGAGCCAAAGGCAGAGCCCUGCCAGCAAAGGGCAGGAAGGCUUCCUACAAGUGCAAGGCAUGCUUCCAGCGUUUCCACAGCCUGGGCGAACUGGAUCUUCACAAGCUGGCACACAGCCCCUCACCGCCCCCAACAUGCUACAUGUGUGUGGAGCGCAGAUUCAGCUCCCGGGAGCUUCUGCGGGAGCACCUGUGGGAGAAACACGUGCAGGGCAAAGCUGGGCCAUGGGCCUGCGGCAUGUGCCUGAAGGAGGUGGCCGAUGUCUGGAUGUACAACCAGCACCUUCGAGAGCACGCAGCGCGCUUCGCCCGAAACGGACAGGCGAGGCGAGCCUUGGGCGGGGAAGGCACUCUCACACACUUCCUGAACAGCAUUGUGGAGCAAGCAGCCAAACCCCAGAAGACCAAGCGCUCAACUGGGGAGGUUUUGGAACAGGAAGGAGAAGCUGGGAAGAAAAUCCCAGGGAGAAGGGUAAAGCACAAGAUGCUAACCUCAGCAACCCCCAGCCAAGAUGGUGCCUCGGUGUCACUCAGUGAGUCAACAGAAGGAGGCAGCCAGUCCAGUCUGACCAGCAGCCCUGCUACCUCCUCUGGCUCCGCCAAGACACCCCCCACUCCAUCCCCAGACCUUUGGUCCCACAGUGAGUCGCUGCCCCAAGCUGUCCCUGUACACGAGGACUGCAAGGACCCCUCCCGUGACUGCCACCACUGUGGAAAGCAGUUCCCCAAGCCCUUCAAGCUGCAGCGACACCUGGCGGUGCACAGCCCACAGCGUGUCUACCUGUGUCCCCGGUGCCCGCAGGUCUACCCUGAACACUGGGAGCUGAGGGCGCACCUGGGCCUGACCCACGGGGUGACAGAGGAGAGGGAGCUACCACACGUGCCUCUCUAUGCCUGUGAGCUCUGCGCCAACGUCAUGCAUGUCAUCAGGAGGUCCUUUGUCUGCAGCUCCUGCAACUACACCUUUGCCAAGAAGGAACAAUUUCACAGACACAUGGACAAGCACCUGAGGAGCGGCCAGCAGCCCUUCACACUCCGAAGUGUUAGGCGGCCCGGGGUUCCUAGGAGAAAGACCCAGGUCCCUCAGGAUGCCAGUGAGAGGCACAGGGUGGUGGUGCCCUCCAGCCCCCAUGAGCUCAGCACUGACAGAAUCCUACCCACAAGAAGCAUGACUCCAAGUGAGGGGGAGGGCUCCCUUCCUGCGGUGCCUCUGCUCUGUUCAGAGACAGCUCCUAGCCUCACCCCGAAGCAGCCCAGUUCUCAAGAGAGGCCUGUGGACCAGGAAGACCACUCACCCAGAGGGGACAACCCACCGUUGAAUGGCCAGGACCUCCCACCUCCAUCUCUGUCUCCUUUCUCAGUUGCCUCAGCUGAAGGUACAGGUGGCUGCAAGCUGGAGAGAGCCGUGGAGAAACCAGAACAUGAGGCUUCCUCACACAGUCUUGAGCCAUGCAAGUGGCAGACUGUGGUGGGGAAAAAGAGGGCCCUUCGCCUCUUCUCAGGAAAACAAAAGAACACAGACACCCAAAGCAAGUGUGCCCCUGGAUAUCCCCCGGGAGACCCCUCCCCGCUCCUGAAGGAGAGGCUAGUGACCACAUACCACAUAGUGCCUGAGGGGAGAAUAGAGGGUCCCUCCCAGAAGGGCAGUGCCACCAAAUCAGGAGCCUGCUCCAGUACUCCCAAGCACAGAUCAGCAGCAGCCCCCGGCAAAGCACCAAAACUCCCAACACCACCCAGGAAACCUAUAGGGAUGGCGAGCCCGGUGUCUGGAGAGCUGGCCUUGAGUCCUGAGGACAAGGUAAAAACUGGCACUUCUAAAGCUAAACUGAGGCCCAGCUCUCAGAACACUGGGGGGCUACAGCCUGGUACUCAGACAGGGGGUGGCAGCCAGCCCCAGCCAACCAGUGGGCAGCUCCAAAGCGAGAUGGCCUCCACCCCGACUGAGCCCAGCUCUGGUAGCUGGGGGAGCUCCACCCCUGACCAGCCCCCACCUCCAGCCCACACCAAGGGCAGCACCAGGGAGCCCGGAGAAGCUGAUCAUCAGGUGGGCCAGGUACAUUCAGGUCCCAGGGAGAAAAGAGAAAACAAUGAAAAAAAGAAGAAGCCCCAGGCCCUUGGACUGGCUAGACAUGGAAAUACAGGGAAUACCGGGAGAGGUCCUUCAGUCCCUGACAAGUCAUCCAGGGCUCCCCGAAAGCAAGCAACUCCCAGCCGAGUUCCCCCUGUCAAGUCCAGACCCAGUGGCCAGCUGGGCAGGACGAGGCCACAGCCAUCAACACAGCGGAAAGGGGACUUGGGCCACACUCCAGAAAAGGGCUCCUUCUCCCAGGCGAGACCCCUGUGCAGGCCCUACAAAAGAGUCAGAGCUGCCCACGGGGUUCAACCCAGGGAGCCCCGAGACCACCGGACUGCAGAAGCCCAGAGUGACCUCCUUAGCCAGCUGUUUGGGCAGAAACUGACCAGCUUCAAAAUCCCUCUGAAGAAAGACAAUUCCCAGUGACCUACAGGAGAGGACCAAGGGAAUGCAGCUGGUGGCCUCUCUCCAGGCCUCCAGCGUCAG